GCCCGAGUUUUGGCAUGGGGAGAGCGAGGGGAGACACGACAUGUGCGAGAAACGCGAAGAUGGGGAAGGGAGAAGGGAAAGCCCGCAUGAAGAGCGGAGCGGUCAUGGCAGUUGUGAAGGGAGAUACCCGGACUUUGAAGAGGAAUAUGGGAGGAGGACAAAGAUUCCCUAUAACUUGGAUCCAAAGAACUUCACGGGUGGGUUCAGCCCCAUACGGACGGAAGAGGAGGUGGAUGAGGAGGAGGAAGUACAAGAGGUCAAAGAGAUCAGCAAUGGCGAUGAGAGGGAUGAAAUCUCAAGGCCUAGAGAAGAGAGGCGACCCUCGAUGCACCGCGAAGAAGCCUUCGAAUGGGAAGAUGAGUUUGGGUUAAUGCCCUGUCAUUGGUUUCAACAAUGGCUCAAUGUAAUCAAGCAUGAUUGGACUAUCAAGACCAGGGAACUCGCGGAGGCACGGGUGGCGGCCACACCUUUGGAUUUUUAUAGUGAGAUGGAAUUGCAAGAAAUUGCAAAGAGGAAGAGAGAAAUCAUGGUCUCCAGCCUGGGAGUUAAAAAGUCAGUGGAAAGACAAGAUGGGCAAGGGACUGAGCAAGAUGAGACUCGCGACAACAAUAGGGAUUAAAUGUUGUUAGUGUGGAAUAAAAAUUGUGUUUUUUC